AAGUCGAAAUGGAGAAGAAAGAGUUUUGGAUGAAUUUGAGAGAAGAAGACUUAACCAAAGAAACAAAGACUCUAAUCUUUUCACUUCCUUCAGAGAAAGAGUACCUUGGUGGAAACCUCUGCAAGUACCAAGGUUCUUGGUAUUACUACAACUUUCUCCAAGGUGUCCUCAAUGUCCAGAGAGGUUUUCAGCCUCAAGACACCGAUGUCAUCGUCGCAUCCUUCCCCAAAUGCGGUACCUUAUGGCUCAAGGCACUCACCGUGGCCCUCCUUGAGAGAUCAAAGAACCGUUCUUCUGAGGAUCAACAUCCUCUUUUAUUCAACAAUCCUCAUAACCUCGUACCGGUUCUUGAGAUGAAUCUGUACCGCGACACCCCAAAACCGGACUUGAGGAAGCUCUUAUCGUCAUCUCCAAGGCUGUUUUCUACUCACAUGCCGUACCACACGCUGCAAGAAGCUCUCAAAGACUCUCCUUGCAAGGUAGUGUACAUUUGUAGGGAUGCUAAGGAUUCUCUGGUGUCACGUUGGCAUAUAAUUUGUAGGUGUCUGAAUAAAGAAGAGGACAGAAGCAUACUUGAGUCUAUGUUCGAGUCUUUUUGUAGCGCGGUUUGUUUGUUUGGUCCCUUUUGGGAUCAUAUCCUGAGUUAUUGGAAAGCUAGCUUGGAAAACCCUAAGCGUAUUAUGUUUAUGAGGUACGAUGAAGUGAAUGCAGAUACUCGUGGUCAGCUCAAGAAACUUGCGGAGUUCUUGGGUUGUCCCUUUUCUGAGGAAGAAGUAAACAAUGGAGCUGUGGAUGAGAUCUUGGAGAUGUGCUCUCUGCCUAACCUCAGCAGCUUGGAGGUUAACAAGACAGGAAGAUCAAUCAAUGGCAUUGAUUACAAGAACCAUUUUCGAAAAGGGAUAGUUGGUGAUUGGAAGAAUUAUCUAACUCCAGAGAUGGGGAACAAAAUCGAUAUGAUCAUGGAGGAGAAACUCAAAGAUUCCGGUUUGAAGUUCUGAGUUAUGUUCUGUAAUAAUAAAGUAGCUUUGUUCCCUUUUGAUGUAAGGUUCAUGCUUUGAAAUUCUGGGUGAUGUCGUGUGUUGUUUGUUUGUGUUGUUUGUUUCCCAUCCGAGUGAUGUCAUAUGUUGUUUGUGUGUGUGUUUUUAAUAAUAUA